AUGGAUGGUUCUAAUGAAAAACAGCUUCAUAGCUCAGCCACUACACCAGUGAUGAAUGCCAUCAAGGAAGAAGAGGAUAUGCCUCCUACACCAAUUGAGCCCGUGACCUCAGAAUUCAAGACACCAUACCUUGGGAAUGAAACUACAAAUAUGUCUUCUACCGAUCUGUUUCAAACUGCUAAGGCAACUUUUACAAACUCACAGGUACAGACCAAGUUUAUGUCGCCGCCUGUGGCAGGCUUUUACUCGGCAAAGGAUGGUAACAACUCUAGCUCUAGUCUGAUAUACAAUUCAGGGUUCACAUUUGGUGAUAGCAAUAACAAUGGCGGUACCAAUACAUCUUCAUCAAAUACCCCGACAAAAACUGUUCCUGUCGGGGUUCCAACAGCUUCUAAUUUCAAAAGAGAACCUAGAAGGAACUCUCUCAAAUAUGUCCCUGGUUCUAAACUGGCUCCCCCUCCCAUUUCAAGAAAUAGAUCUCCAAUAAGAAAUACAUCACCUGAAGUGAUACCGACGUCAAAAAGAUCAUCGACUUAUUUGGAAUCACCUUUCAAUUUUACACAGGGGCAUCAUGAACCGCCAAAGACAACAAUUACAUCGCCACAUAAAUCCACACCACCAUCCUCGGCAGGCUCGAGGACUUCGUUCCGUAAGGGGCAUCGUUACAAACAUUCUUCUGUGUCUAUGAAUUUCUUCCAAGAAACCGAAGUUAAGAUUCCCUUGAAUAUUGCGAAAUCCUUGCCUAUUCCUGAUUUUGGCGAUAUUCUUCAAAACCUACCGUGGCCUAAAGCUCAUAUACAAUUGGUUAUUGUUUCUUUACAACUUCUACUAGGUAUUAGUAUUUUUUUCAUUGGGAACGCUAAAGCAUGGAGUAACUUUAUUACAUUGUCGCAUUUCAUAACUUAUGAUAUAAUAGGAUCUCUUGCAAUCAUUUUGAUCGAGACAUUAUCUCAUUUCGAAGCGUGGUUUACAGGGACAAUUACAUUCCCAUUUGGUCUAAAUAGGGUGGAUGUACUAUUGAGUUUCGCUUUAGCGGUUUCCUUAUGUUUUGUAGGGUUAGAUCUAUUAUUCCAUAUGCUAGAGGAAUUUAUUGCAAUUUUCGUUGAAUCUUCUAAUCCAGAUCAUCACAGUGAUAUCGUUGCUCAAAUUCCUCACUCACAUCAUGAUGGGAUGGCAGCAGGUCAAUUAAUUUCAGGAUAUAAUAUUACUAUGUGGUAUGCUGUUGUACUGUUCAGUUUAUUCUUGGCAACUUUGUCGCUAUUCAAAACGUUUUAUGCUAACACUAAUAGUAAAUUGAAGACGAAAAAUCCAAUGAUUACAAUAAUAUACUCAUUUUAUUUGUUGAUUUUCCCUAGUUUACCCGAUAAUUUGUCAAAUAUUUCUGAUUACGUUGCAUCUUUUUUGAUUUCAAUGUUCAUUUUGGUUCAUGGUUUGACAAUUGCAGAAUGGACUUCUACUAUUCUAUUAUUAGGAUUUUCAACAACCGUGCUGCCUUCGUCAGCAUUCUUGUUAGAUCAGGAUACUCAUUCUCAAAAUCAAUUAGAAGAUGUGAACAGUCAUAAUGAAAAAAUGAACAAUGUUAGUAAUGGAUUGAAUAAAGUAAUAAUGGGGCGCAAAAGAUCUGCGAGUUCUUUACCUGUGGCUACAUCCAUGAAGAAUCAUCAUUGUAAUGAUGAUUCAAUAUUGAAUUCAUUUUUGUCGAUUUUCAAGUUUAAGAAAUCUGGAAACAGAAGAAAAUUUAAUAAUCCAUCAAAUAUCAAGGCCAUUAUCAAGGAGAAAAUAGAAAAUUUAUCAGAAUUUAAGUCAAGAUGUCAUCUAAAUGAUGGUGACUUGAUUAUCAUUAAAACCAAUUUUAGUUUAUUUAUUGUGCUGUUAAAGAUUGACUUGAAAGGUGGUUCUAACGACGAUGAGACAUCCUUGAGAUUUGCUGUUGAUAAGUGUAUCAAAAAGUGUCUACCAAAUUCAGAAACUACUAUAGAAAUUGAUAGAAUUUAA